AUGGAACUCGACGAUGAAGCAAAAACAAUAAUGGUUGUCAACACUCCACUUGGUUUAUUCCAAUACCAACGUUUACCGUUUGGGAUUGCAAGCGCUCCAGCUAUAUUCCAAAGAUAUCUUGAGCAGUUACUUCAAGGCGUAGAAGGUUGUGGAAAUUAUCUCGAUGACAUCAUCAUCUCCGCACCUACAUUUCAACAACACAUCAGCCGCCUAGAACAAGUACUUCGUAUUUUGCAACAAAAUGAUGAGUCGGGACUAAAAGCAGUAAAAAACCUGCAGCCGCCUAAAGAUCUAAAGCAAGCAGAAGCAUUCAUGGGUAAGGUAAACUACUACCAUAAUUUUAUACCUAAUUUUUCGCAAUUAUCCGCUCCAAUCAACAUGCUGCGCCGAAAAAAUGUAAAAUUCACAUGGGGUACAGCACAACAACAAGCAUUUAUAGCUCUUAAAACGCAUAUUCUCAAUGCAGCGCAAUUAGCACAUUAUCAGGAAGAUUUACCGUUGGUUCUAGCUACAGAUGCCUCCUCCUAUGGCAUAGGAGUCGUGCUCUCGCAUACGUACGUUGACGGUCUAGAAAGGCCUAUUGCUUUUGCAUCUAAAACUCUCGACAUUCAUCAACGACGAUAUAGUCAGAUAGAGAAGGAAGGGCUAGCUAUCGUUUUUGGAGUCAAGCGUUUCCAUCAAUAUUUAUACGGAAGAAGAUUCACCUUGGUUACUGACCACAAACCUCUUGUUAGCAUUUUUAAUCCAAUUCAUCAGUUGCCGUCGAUGACGUCACAUCGUUUACAGCGAUGGGCUAUUAUACUAAUGGCUUAUCAGUAUGAUGUUCGGUAUCGUAAAACUACUGAGCAUGGAAAUGCCGAUGCUUUAUCUCGUUUACCUGUUGGUGAAGAUAAAACUUUUGAUCAUGAAGAAUCCUGUUUCAACAUCAAUGAACUUAACACACCUAUCGACGCUGAAAUAAUUCGUCAGCAUGCCAAAAAUGACCCAAUUCUUCGCCGAACGGAGUACAACCGGGUUGUCAUUCCAGCCUCCCUUAAGCAGAAAAUUCUUAAACUUCUUCAUGAUGGUCAUUGGGGAGUAUCGAGACAACAUGUCUGGUGGACUAAUAUUGACAAAGACAUCGCACAAUUAACUGAAAAUUGUGAUGUGUGCAAAAUUGCAAAUCCUGUUCACGCACGUGAAUACUUAAGCUGGCCUGAAGCUGAUCGACCUUGGGAGAGAGUACAUAUCGACUUUGCUGGUCCAUUUUGUAAUUCAAUGUGGCUAAUUUGUGUCGACGCUUUCUCACAAUUUCCGUUCGUUGUACAACUAUCUACAACAACAACGGUUGACACCAUAUCAGCAUUGUCUUCUAUAUUUUCUCUGGAAGGUAUACCAGAAACCAUCGUAAGUGACAAUGGUCCGCAAUUUACAGCUGAAGCAUUCAAACAUUUUUGCUCAAAACUUGGCAUCAAACAUAUAACAACAGCGCCGUUUCAUCCAGCCUCAAACGGGUUAGCCGAACGAUUCGUCAGAUCUUUUAAAACUGCUGUUCAGAAAAACAUUGACGAUGGAUUGUCUCUCAAAUUCGCUGUAUCAAAAUAUCUUGCAACAUAUCGUGCAAUGCCGAAUGCUGAGGGUAAAUCACCUGCAGAACUUUUACAUGGAAGGCCUGUUCGUACCUUGUUGAGUCAACUGUUUGAAUCGCCUAGAAAGCACCUUGAAGCUUCGAAACGGAAAAUGAAAUUUAGUCUAAAGCAACCCGUCUUCGCUCGAAACUACGCAAGAGGGGAAAAAUGGAUAAAAGGAGUUAUUGUGAAACAACUUGGUAAAAUGGUUUACCGAGUGAACACAUCUUUUGGUUACAUCAAACGUCAUGUUAAUCAGCUUAAAACUAGAAGUAGCUCUGACCUCUCUUCACAACCAAUUUUUGAAUUCACUCCAAAUUUCAUCAAUGCCACACCGCCUUCAUCUAGCCAAUCAACAUUAAUGCCUAGUGAAGAACGUUCUACCGAAGUAGUUCAACUUCGAAAAAGUGGUCGUAUUCGGAAGGUUAUUAAUCGAUUUGAAUCCGACGAUUUCAGGAAAACUUGA